AUGCCUAGCCUCGUAGACGGCCUCACUACCGCGCCCCUCAAGGCUCCCCAUGUCAUUGGACCCAAGCAGAAGAGGGCUAUGCGCCCAACUGCCACCAUCCCGCAAGAGAUUAUCGACGAAGCUCGCGUCAUUCAUGCUGAGCCAUGGGACCCUGAAAAGCAUGUCGCACCCAAGGCCCAGGUUAUCCAGCAUCUUAUGAAGGACAUUGGUCUUGAGGGCCAUGGCAUCUCCCCCGUGGCCGUUACGGAUCCCUUCCCGCUCUUCACGCACGAAGCCAUCCUCCAGAUUCGCCGCGAGAUCUUCAGCGAGUCCGUGCUCCGUGACUGCCGCUUCAAGUCGGACUUCAACGCCAACAUGAUCCGUGGCAUGGGCUACGAGCGCGCCCCAUUCACCUACGAGGCUUGGUGGUCCCCUGAGGUUCUCGCUCGGGUCUCUGAGGCUGCUGGUGUCGAGCUUGUCCCCGCAUUCGACUACGAGGUUGCUAACAUUAAUAUCUCUGUUAAUGACCAAAAUGCCACUGAAGUCGUUACCUACGGCGACGAGACCUCUGCAGUGGCCUGGCACUACGACAGCUUCCCGUUUGUCUGCGUCGCCAUGGCUUCCGACUGCACUGGUAUGGUGGGAGGUGAAACUGCUAUUGAACUUCCUAAUGGCGAGGAGAGAAGAGUUCGUGGUCCUGCCAUGGGGACCUGCGUUGUCAUGCAAGGACGCUACAUCCAUCACCAGGCUCUCAAAGCUUUUGGUGGCCGCGAGCGCAUUGCCAUGGUCACUGCGUUCCGUCCCAAAAGCCCCUUCACUCGCGACGAGUCCAUCCUGACCGGCUGUCGCGUCAUCAGCAACCUCGACGAGCUCUAUCCUCAGUACAUUGAGUACCGCUUGUCCAAUCUUGAAGAACGCUUCCGUCGUGCUCUCCAGCAGGAGAAGCGUCGCCAAGUUGAGCGCAAGAAGUUCGAUAUCGCAUCAAUGAGGGCCUUUCUGGCCGAGCAAUUGGAGUACAUUCAGACUUCGCUCGACGAGGUGUAUGAGCCUGAGGCGGACUGUCAGGGCCUUAGGAAUUGA